AUGGAAGUGAAUGUUGCCAUCAAUACUCUACUUAUAAAACACACUCCUCAACCUGUACCACUUCACUCAAACCCUCAAACUGCAGACAUGCCGAAGAACAUUAGGAAAUCCCUCAGUGACUGCCUCUCCAAGAUAAAAAAUCCUCGCUCACAAAUCCAUUUACCCUCUAAGAAAUGGAUCCUCAGAGGCUGCAAGCCUCUCAUCCCUCCUUCUUUCUCCAUGGAUGAUAAGAGAAACAAAAAGAAGAAUGACAAUGAAGCCACUCUAGAUGACAUUGACCAUUUUCUCUUUGAGAAUUUCAGGACUCUGUUCCUCGGAGACGACAAAGAAAUCAACAACAACAACAAUGCCCACCAGGUCCAUAACAACACCCAUGGAAAAUCUCCAAUGCCAAGUCCCACAUCCUUAAUUUCAUUCGAGGAGCCAUCACCAGAUCUCGGAGGCUCUAGAAGGUUCUUCGUGACCCGUGGAUUCUCGGGGUCGAGCAGCUCAACCACGACACCCACAAAGAAUUGCGAUGGUUCAUGUUCAAAGGAGACAAUCACAUUGUCCAAUAACUAUGUGGCAGUGUUGGUGUCGUGCACAAAGAGCCCCUACGAGGAAUUCAAGAAAUCGAUGGAAGGCGUAGUGAGAGCGAGGCUGAGGAACGAUGAGAAUGUGGACUGGGAUUUCAUGGAAGAACUUUUGUUCUCUUACAUGAACAUGAAUGAGAAGCAGGUACACAAGUUUAUUCUUGCUGCUUAUGUGGACAUGAUCAGCCUCAUGUGCAAUCCUCCGGAACCUGCAAAGAGUGUGAGGAUCAGCAAGGAGAUAAGGAAGAAGGCUGAAGGAGUGAAAUUGGGUUGA